UUUACGCCCUCUAUAGUUUACGGGAUCUGUAGUUUAACAGUCGAAUAAUUGUAUUGCAAAAUCCCUUUCUGCUACCUUUGUAGAACUACCACUCCCUCAAUGCAUUGUUGUGGCUUCUGCAGGAUUUGAGUGUGGUCGACGACGCAUCCCGAACCGAACUGGAGUAAGCGGUUUUCAGUUAGGUGCUAGCAGAACAUUGAAUUACAAGAAACUACGUGAUUAUAUUUAUUUAUUUAUUUAACAUUGAAUCUGCUAACAACUCAUCAGCUGACCCUUUUGUGACAAUUCGCUUGAAAUCCACUAACAAACCAUCACCAAAGAUUUGUAUAACUGUCUGUGCCAUCAAUGUACUAGCCAUUAGCUAAAUGGGGGUAGCUAUCUAGCUACUGUAAUCGGGCAUUUUAUUUCACGCGGGGUCUUAUUUUUUCCGAAAAACAUAGCUAGCUUUCUUCUGUUUUACAAAAUUGUUAAUUAAGGGAAAGGACACAAACAGGAUUUCAUAAUGACAGAGCGGGUCAACAACUUUCCCCCACUGCCUCAGUUCCUGAGAAUCAAGCCCUGCUUUUAUCAGAAUGUGGAGGAGGAGAUCCCAGCCCCGCACCGACAGCUGGUGCGCCGGGUCUACAACCUCUGGAUGUUGUAUACAGUCACACUGUGUGUGAAUGUGGUGUCAUGCAUAGCUUGGUGGGCAGGAGGGGGAAGUGGAGCCAAUUUCGGCCUUUCCCUGCUCUGGCUUGUUCUCUUCAGUCCGUGCAGCUACACCUGCUGGUUUAGACCUCUCUACAAGGCCUUCCGGGCUGACAGUUCUUUCAACUUCAUGGCCUUCUUCUUCAUCUUCUUUCUCCAGUGUGUUCUCGCUCUCAUUCAGACUGUGGGCAUCUCUGGUUGGGGUGCUUGUGGUUGGAUCGCGACAGUGCUGUUUUUCAGCUACAACGUGGGUUCUGCUGUAGUCAUGCUAUUCUCAGCUCUGCUCUUCACUCUAGUGACUGUGUUAAUGGGACUGGUUCUCAUCAGGGUUCACAGGCUGUACCGUGGUGGAGGGGGCAGCUUUGAGCGUGCACAGGAAGAGUGGACCACUGGACUCUGGAAGAGCGCUCCCGUGAGAGAGGCCGGUUUCAAUGCUGUCACUGAAACUGGCCCAAGCCUACCCCAAUACCCUGCUGCUGUGCCAAGUUACCCAGACAAUGGCUCCUGGUGAUACCCUAAGUGGACUCUAGAUGGAAACUGAGCACUCUCUCCAUGGCAGGCAGGCUGGAUAAUACUAUGAAAUGCAAAGCUGGAAUUUUAGUAAGAAUGUUAUAAGAGAAUAAUCAGCUGAUUUUAUUCAGCAGUACUUUAAGAUUGAAAGAGGCCACUAUUAUAGAUACUGUUUAUCUGAUAGGGAAAAGCAUAUAAGCCUUAUAUUGUUGAAAAGAUUUGAUGGAUAGCCAAAAUAUGAUCCAUUCCAUUGCACCCGUUUACAUUUAGUAUGUUCCACAAUAUGAAUCUGAUCCUUCAUAUUUGGAAUAGUGACUGAAAGAACAUGAUUUUUAUUUACAUUUUA